GCCGGGAGGGACGCGGCGGCGGCAUGGGCCAGGGGCCCCGGGGCGCGGGCCGCCUGCUGCCGCUCCUGCUGCUGCUCGGCCUGGCCCGCGUGGCGACCGGAGCGGCGGGCGCGGACGACGUCUGUGCCACUUGCCAUGAACAUGCUACCUGUGAGCAGAGAGAAGGGAAGAAGAUGUGUAUGUGCAAGUAUGGAUUUGCGGGCAAUGGGAGGACGCAGUGUGUCGAUAAAAAUGAGUGCCAGUUUGGAGCCACCGUGGUCUGUGGGAACCACACAUCUUGUCACAACACGCUCGGAGGCUUUUAUUGCAUCUGCCUAGAAGGAUACCGAGCCACAAACAACAACAAGACGUUCAUUCCCAAUGACGGCACGUUUUGCACAGACAUAGAUGAGUGUGAGGUUUCCGGCAUGUGCAGGCACGGAGGACGGUGUGUGAACACCCAUGGGAGCUUUGAAUGCUACUGUAUGGAUGGAUACUUGCCAAAGAAUGGGCCCGAGCCUUUCCAUCCGACCAGAGAUGCCACGUCAUGCACAGAAAUAGACUGUGGCACCCCUCCUGAAGUCCCAGAUGGCUAUAUCAUAGGAAAUUAUACCUCUAGGCUUGGCAGUCAGGUUCAUUAUGCUUGCAAAGAAGGAUUUUUCAGUGUCCCAGAAGAUACAGUUUCAAGCUGUACACCCUUGGGCACCUGGGAGUCCCCAAAGUUAAAUUGCCAAGAGAUCAACUGUGGCCGCCCUCCGGAAGUGCAGCAUGCCAUCCUGGUGGGGAAUCACAGCUCCAAACUGGGCAGUGUGGCUCACUAUGUCUGUCAAGAGGGCUUUGAGAGCCCUGGAGGAAAGAUCACUUCUGUUUGCACAGAGAAAGGCACCUGGAGAGAAAGUACUUUGACAUGCACAGAAAUAAUUACAGAAAUUAUUGAUGUAUCAGUGUUCAAUAACACCUGUGUGAGGUGGCAAAUAAACCCAGGAAGGAUAAACUCCAAGAUUGUCUAUGUGAUAUACAUAAAAGGACAACGGUUGGACCCUAUGGAGUCAGUUCAUGAGAAGACAGUCAACUUGACCACAGACAGCAGGACUCCAGAAGUGUGCCUAGAUUUAUACCAAGCCACCAACUAUACCAUGAGCAUUUCCACUGCCCCCCCCAGACGCUCUGUGCCAGCCACCAUUGGGUUCCAGACAGCUGAAGAUGAUCUCCUAGAAGAUGAUGGAAUUUUCAAUAUUUCAAUAUUUAAUGAAGCUUGUUUGAAAUUGAACAGGCGUUCUAGGAAAGUUGGAUCAGAACGAACGUACCAAUUUAAAGUUCUGGGUCAAAGGUGGUAUCUGAAUAAUUUUUAUCACGUAACAUCAUUUAACUUCACGACGAGGGAAAGAACUCCAGUAGUGUGUUUAGAUCUGUACCCAGCAACUGAUUACACCGUGAAUAUCACCCUAUUGGGAUCUGCAGAGCAGUACUCAGUGCAAAUGACGAUAACCACCGCACCAGCAGUGAAACAGACCAUUGGUAACAUUUCAAUAGUUAAUGAAACAUGCUUGAGAUGGAGAAGUAUGAUGACGGCUGAUAUAGAAGAGAUGUAUCUAUUCCACAUUCAGGGCCAGAGAUGGUAUCAGAAGGAAUUUGCCCAGGAAAUGAUCUUUAAUAUCACUACCAGCAGCCAGACUCCUGAGAUCUGCUUGGACCUGCAUCCGGGUACCAACUACAGUAUCAGUGUCCAGGCUUUGUCUUCUGAAUUUCCUGUGGUCGUCUCCCUGACAACCCAGAUAACAGAGCCUCCCCUUCCAGAAGUAGACUUUUUCACGGUGCAUGGAGGGCCUCUACCACGCCUGAGACUGAGGAAAGCCAAGGAGAGAAAUGGACCCAUCAGUUCAUAUCAGGUGAUAGUGCUUCCUCUGGCCUUCCAAAGCACAUUUUCUUGUGAUUCUGAAGGGGCUACCUCGUUCUUCAGCAAUGCUUCUGAUGCUAAUGGAUAUGUGGCUGCAGAACUACUGGCCAAAGAUGUUCCAGAUGAUGCCAUGGAGAUAGCUAUUGGAGACAGGCUGUACUACGGGAAAUACUAUAAUGCCCCCUUGAAAACAGGCAAUGAUUACUGCAUUAUAUUACGAAUCACAAGUGAAUGGAAUAAGAUGAGAAGAUACUCCUGUGCAGUUUGGGCUCAGGUGAAAGACUGCAGAUGGGCGCUACGUGAGAAGGAUGCACUGCUGCUGGGACAGAUGUUAUGACAGCUUCUCAGGUGCCUGCACAGAGGCCCCAUGUGGCUUCCAUCCAAGUGUGUAUGUGGACCUGAAACUUUCCCCAUUUCCAGCUUGGCCCCAUUCUUGGAUUCAAGAUGGUGACUAUCACUAUGGAAUCCCCUAAAAGGAAGAAACUCAGGAAUUGCUGACGAUGUCCCUGCUACACGACCAGUUCUGUGUCUAUGAACUUGAGACUCCUGAUGUACAAUGUGAUAUUGACCACAGGCUACAGAUCACAUGGGCUGGGCCCAUGACUUCCUCUGAGUGAUGCCUGAGAGUCAGCUCCUCUAGACACUGAAUGCAAGAGAGUGUCUGCAUCUUCCUGUAUAGCAUCUCUGUGAAUUAAUUCAGAACCCAUUCUUUUACAAUAAACAAUGAAAUGGACUUAAGUUUGGGCUAGAAUUUGACUUGAUGAAGGCAGUCAUCAAAAAGGAUAGAGACCAUUGAAGUAGGAAAACUUGUCAAACACUUUAAAAGCAGCUUUUUAUUUUUUCUUACAAUUAAUUGACAUAAUUAGAAGGGGUGCUAGCUUGGCUACUCUGAUAAGCUCCCUGCAAUGUCCGUUAGGCGGCAUUGCUUUGAUGCAGUUCCAUUUGUCUUAUAUGUAUUCAAAAGCCGUAAGUCUUCAUUCCAGUAAAAAUAUUCUGUUACAUUAGACA